AUGAGCACUGGCAAUAACGGGGGACGACCACGCCCUCCUCAAGCCGUUGCCUCCAAGUCUGGGCCUAUAACUUCCUCAGCUAAACAGCCAACGCUCGCGGUUCCAUCCUCUAAACCCCCCUCGACUCCUCGAUCACCUUCGCAAACUCUCCAAGCAGGCAAGCCCAGUGCGCCAUCCAGCCAAACCGAUCCAGCCAACGAUAAAGCUACGGCGGCGCUGAUCCGCCGUGUCCUCUGUCCUCAGUCCUCUAACUAUGGGCCAGACCAGCGGGAGCGGGGUACCCCUCAACCGCUGGAAGAGUUGCUUCCUCCCCUUACGAGCUCGAACGAGGUAGAUCUACAGCUGUAUGCUCUAAUUGCGAUCAUAAUUAAAGAGUUCGUUUACGCCUGGUACUCAACGAUUACCCCAGAUCACACUUUUAGCGAUGAAAUUAUCCAAAUUAUCGCCCAUUGCACUCGUGCGCUCGAGCAGAGGCUCCGGCAGGUAGAUGUGGAUGCUUUGGUCUUGGAUGAAAUCCCCGCCUUGGUUGAAGCACAUAUUGUUGCGUACCGUACCGCCUACCAAAAUCCACACUUGAACCGCUCCGCUUCUUAUCUCCACACGGUUUACCAUACUUUGAACCCACAUCCGGCGCUCUACCCUGUCCCGGACGCCUCCGAUACGACGGCGAUCGCAGAGCAACAAAAGCGAGAGACAGCAUACCGCCAAUUACUUGCCCAAGGCGUUUUGGCUGUGCUUCUCCCAACCGAAGAUUUGGAGAAUGUCUACCUGAGGACAUUGGUUGGCGAUAUUUUGGCGGAUACGAUCCUGGGCGAGUUCGUCAGCGACAAAAUGAGCGAUGGCCCAUUUAUCUAUGAGCUCCUCACACGGCUCAUCAUGGUAAUACAGCAAGACGGCCGUAAAAAUGAAAAAGCGGAGCAUAUUCAAAAAGGCCGACUGGAGAGGUUUGGCCUUCUUGGUCCCAAAGGAGACUCUGGUUGCGGCGAUUCGUCCGGUGCAAACCAAUCAAAUUUAUCAAUGUUUCUGUGGAGAAUACUACAAUAUUGCUAUCUGACAUUUGUGACUAUUCGAUUUGUAUUGGUUGGACUUUUUCAAGUGGCAUCAUCGUCGCUUCCCGUGUCUCAAGGGAGACCGCCACCUGCCUGCUCACAAUCGACUCCCGUCAAUCUUGCAGGCGAACCUCAAGCAUGGCCUACCGGUAGUAGCCUCCGUCGACCCGUUCUCAAAUAUAGAAUAUUCGGCAUGGUUUCGCAACUAAUCGAUGUGUCUGGCCGAAUGCCAUGGCUCGGUGGGACCUUUGCUCUCGCACAGUAUGUGAUGGUCGAGGGACCAGGGAAGCUUGGGGAUACGGGGAUGAUAGUUGACAGCAGCUCCAGAGAGGGAUUCAGAAGGAUUGUUGGUGAUUUGCAUGCAUGGCCCUUCGGUCACUUGAUCUGA